AUGAGCGCCUAUAUAAGUGCUGCUACUACCACUAUUUCAACACUAACAACCUUGUCUGGUGAUCAACCAUUUUCCAAUGAUAUUGUAAUUGAAUCGGGCGCUACUUUUACGUUGGUAUCAGGCUCUUCAUAUUCUUUCAACGGUAAUAUUAAUGUUAAGGGUUCUUUAGACAUUAUUGGUGAUUUAAAAAACGAGUUAACCAGUUUACAAUUUGGUUCUACUACAACAAUUACAAAUAAUGGUAACAUCAACACUGAAAAUAUUAAAUCAGCAAAUUCUGUCACUGAUUUCGUCAUUGCCCCAGAUCAUAUCGAUAACUCUGGUACAUUUACUGUCUUAUAA